GAAUUAAGAGAAUCUGGGCUAUGAUUCAGUAAAGGCCCAUAACUAAUUGGACUAACUAACACAUGCUAGCCCAAAUCCAACACUACUAGAACUUUUCGUAAUGUGCUAACUCCUCGUAACCUCUUUCUGCAAAUUUCAUCUGAAACUCUGUCUUGUCCGGAAUUGCAGGAUAAAGCCAUCUUUUGCUGCCUUGAAAAUCUAGGUAACGCUGGGCGUUAUUUUGGAGCGCGUAAAUAAGCAUUAUGAGAACAACAUUAGUGAGGCAGAAGGGUGUUAGCAAUUAUUGGAAAUAUUACAGCAGUCUCUGUUGUCCUAAGUUGGAUGUAAAUGAGACACUUCCUUCAACAAAAUUACGCCUGUUUAGCAGCUCCAACAAAUUCAACAAUUACUCUGAUGAAUCUACUCAAUCCAACUAUCCUCCUCCUCCUGAACCUAUACCGAAUAGGCCCUUAAGAGCUGAUUCCAGAAGGCCCUUUAAUCCAUCCCAAAGACAGCGGCCUCCCAUCAGCAGCAACCCCACCCAUUCUACAACUUUUAGAAGACCUGGUGAGAACAAUGAAAAUCAAAUGAAGUCCGCGGAUAGCGAAGAUUUUCUUAAAAGGUUUCAGCUUGGAUUUGAUCGUAAAGAGGAAAAUCCAAACACUAACACAAAAGGUGAAAGGAGUGAUGCUCCUGCCUCUGAGGCACCUCCAGCUCCACCAGAAGAUGCAGAUGAGAUAUUCAAGAAAAUGAAAGAAACGGGCCUAAUACCGAACGCUGUAGCAAUGCUUGAUGGGCUUUGCAAGGACGGGUUGGUCCAGGAGGCCAUGAAGCUCUUUGGCCUGAUGCGUGAAAAGGGUACAAUACCUGAAGUUGUUAUCUACACUGCUGUAGUAGAAGGCUUUUGUAAAGCCCAGAAAUUUGAUGAUGCUGUGAGGAUUUUCCGGAAAAUGCAAGGCAAUGGCAUUAUUCCUAAUGCUUUUAGUUACGGUGUCUUAAUCCGUGGGCUCAGUCAAGGUAAUAGAUUAGAUGAUGCCCUUGAGUUUUGCUUAGAAAUGUUGGAAGCUGGACAUUCCCCCAACUUAGCGACUUUUGUGGGUUUGGUUGAUGAAUAUUGCAAGGAGAAAAGUCUUGAAGAUGCCCAAAACAUGAUUAAAAUGGUGAGGCAGAAGGGAUUUAUCCUUGAUGAUAAGGCUGUUAGGGAAUAUUUGGACAAGAAAGGGCCGUUCUUGCCAUUGGUUUGGGAGGCAAUCUUGGGAAGGAAAGCUCAACAGAGGCAAUCUAUUUUCUAAGUUUUGUUUUUCUUUUUUCCAUUUGAAAUUUUCUACAGGCUAAUCAACAUAUGUAGUAGCUAUGAAUUAUUAUCAUGUUUUUCAAAUAUUUAGUUUUGUAGUGACUAUGUAGACUGUUGCCAAGUCUAAGAGCUUUGUAUAAAACAGGUCAUUUCAAGAACUUGUUUGGUUUUCAAUAUUGGUUCAAGUUUGUGCCAUGUUCGCAUGGUUUGCAUUA